ACUGGCAUAAUAUUGAUAGGUUAACGUGAUUUUAGUACGUACGCAAAAUGAUCCACAAAAACUACUGCAAAUCCUCCUGCAGUUUACAGUAAAAAAAUUGAGAAACAAAAAAUCAUUUGAAACAAAAAACUCAGCAAAAAAAUCUCACCAGAAUAAAAUAAACUAAAUAGCAUAGUAUUUGUUUUCUUUGGCUCUUUGUGUAUGUUUGACUAUGAACUUUUCACAGAGUUGAUGUCAAACUGAUUUGUCCUUGUUCCUGUCCCCAAGACUGCAGCUGCAAUGUAGGCGGAGCCAGGGCCUGUCGGGAGUGUGUGACCUCAGGACCCCAGCAUGACAGCCAAGCGGGGUGCGUUGGUGGCGGAGGACCCCCACCUGGGCUCGGGCCCAGACGAGGACGCCUCAGAGGCGUCCGCCUCCGGGAGAGACUCGGACUCGGAAAGCGUCCUCUCUGAAGACUCGGUGCUCCCGGACUACGAGCGGGAAGAGCGGGGGAACAGAGCCGCCGCCGCCACGCUGUACGAGGCCUGCUCCUGGAACCAGACCCACAGCCUCCGCGCCAUUCUGGAGAGGGGCGUCACCCGGGAGGAGGUCAUGGAGCUGGAUGCCAACGGCUGGAACGGCCUAAUGGUGGCUGUUUCCAAAGGUUUUGUGGACAUCGUCACAGGACUCCAUCACUGUCCCUUCCUGGACAUUAACCACCAGGACAACGAUGGCAACACCGCGCUAAUGAUGGCCGCCCAGGCCGGUUACAUCACCAUUUUAAACUACAUCCUGAACUACUACGCGGGAGCGGACCCCGAGGUGCGGGACUCCCGCGGCUUCACCGCGCUCAUCAAGGCCGCCAUGCAGGGCCGCAACGAGUGCGUGGCUGCGCUGGUCAUGGCCGGUGCAGACCUGAACGCCGUGGACACGGCCCGGGGGAAGUGCGCGCGGGACUGGGCCCUGAAGACGGGACGCUACGAUACGCUGUUCCGCCUGCGGCAGCUGAAGCUCCGCCCCCGCGCCGAGCAGUUCGGCGACGCCUACGUCCCUGAGUGGCCGGACCUGCGGGAGCUGGUGGCCAAGGCGGCGGCGGCCAAGACGCGGGGCGAGCGCCUCACCCAGCGCCUCAAGUCCACCUUCGCCUUCAGCCUCCCCCACGACCCGCGGGACGGCGGCGUGCUGGACCACAUGGUGCGCAUGACCACCGGCCUCCGCAGCCCGCUGGUCUGCACCGGCUGCCGCCCGCUGUGCCCCGCCAGCCCCCCCGCGGCCGGCAAGCGGCGCCUGGCCGUGCCCGAGCUCGCCCUCCGCCACCCGGGGAGGGACCUGGCGGACGGGCCGGUGCGCCACAGCGUCUCCGCCUCCGCCUCGGUGGGCUCCGCCUCCUCGGAGGUGGCGGCGUGCUGCGUGGAGGCCGAGCGGCGGGGGAGCGUGCUGUCGCUGGCCUCCAACGGCGUGCGCAGCUUCAUCCCCCGCGGCGUGGCCCGCCGCAACAGCGUUUUCCCCGCCGGGUGCAUCCCGCACAUCCGGGUCACCCGGGCCGGCGAGCCCACGCCCAAGAAGGAGAAGAAGAAGAAGCUCUCGAGCCACCACCUGGAGCCUCCCAUGUGGAAGUACAAGGAGAUCAAGCAGGAGAAGAAGAAGAAGAAGGCUGAAAUGGAGAAGGAAGAGCAGGAGAAGAAGAAAAAGAAAAAGAGCAAGAAGUGAGGACAAUGAGACGACUGUCUACACGAGGCGGUGGACGACCAUGGUCCUGGAGUGCCAGAGACGUUUCUGGUUUUUGCUCCAUCUGAGCUUGACUGCAAAGUUUGAUUGCUUAUUCACCAUCUGAGCAUGGAGGACAAAAUGCUGAUGAUCUCCAGUACAUGGUGGAUUGGCAAAUAUUCCAGUUGGAUAUUCUGGUUAUGAGAUAAUGUUAUAAUUUCAAUGUUCUCCAAAGGUACCAUUCCAAACGAGGUCUCUGAAACUGACAGAAUAUAUUCCAGGCAUGCUGCACACAAAGUUACUGGUAACUUCCCAUUUUCAUUUAGCCAAGAAAAACAGUCAUUUAAAAAUGUUCCGAAUGUACUGAAAUUCCAGAAAUGUCACUGAACGUUCUGUUAAAAUUAACAGAACCAGAAGACCAUCCAUAAGUCAAAUGAAAAUUCUCAGCAGAAAACAUUACAACCAUUCUUGUAAUGUGCUUCACGACUCUAAAGCAUGAUGUUCAAGGGGUAUCCAGGAAAACGGACACGGCGACAUUUACUUAACAUUCUGGCAAUGGUCUGGGAACCACCAGUUUUUAGCUGGGAAGUAUCUUGCAUAAAACGCUUAACAUGUUGCAAAUAAUCUAAAUACUUGGAAAGGAAGAUUAAGGUUUAAAAUUGUGAAGGGUAGUGGGAUUCCUCCGUGAAUGUCAGAUUCAGUACUAUUCUCAGGGUCCCCCGACUGCAUGCUUCUGUUCCUGUUCCUGUUCCAUUGGUGCAAACUUGGAUUUUCUCUCCUUGAGGUGCAAGAAUUAUCUCAAUUGCCGUGCACAGAACGGACCGGUAUCUUCUCCAAUACAAUCAGCACUAUUCAAAUUUGAAUGUUGUCAGCUGCAACUGGUUUAAGUUUUUACUUGGAUUCAUUAGAGUGCCUCAAACACUGGAAACUACAAAUGUCUGUAUGCUACAAAAAACCUGCCUAUUUUUAUUUCCAGACAAACAUCUGCC